CAAAAUAUCGAUUUCUCACCAAACUGUCACUCGGGCUGUCACUUUUCUUCUUUUCGCAGUGAGGAGGGUCAUAUGAUACACGGGGGAUCAAGUGACUGACUGAUUGUGUGUAAAUUUGCUGGAAAAUCGACCAGAAGACGGCCACACGAUGCGCUACACUCUCGGGUACACCCUCGUCGGAACGCUGACCUCGGUUUCGACGGUCCUGAUCCUGUACCAUGUCCUCACGGGCAAGGGCGAGCGCGUCAGCGUCGGCUGGUUCCUGGAGGAGACGUCCCCGUACAUGUGGGCCACCCUCGGCAUCGCGUUCGCCGUUGCGCUGUCCGUCGUCGGAGCGGCCAUGGGAAUUCACACGACCGGAGUCAGCAUCGUCGGUGGAGGUGUCAAGGCCCCGCGCAUCAAGACCAAGAACUUGAUCUCCGUCAUCUUCUGCGAAGCCGUCGCCAUCUACGGUCUCAUCACGGCCAUCGUCCUAUCCGGAAUGCUGGAGAACUUCUCCUGGUCCACGAUCGUCGCUAACGAGAACAUCCGGAACAACAACUGGUUCUCCGGUUAUGUAAUGUUCGGCGCUGGCCUGGCCGUCGGUCUGGUCAACCUGUUCUGCGGUAUCGCCGUCGGCAUUGUCGGUUCCGGUGCGGCCCUGGCCGAUGCCGCCAACUCGGCACUGUUUGUCAAGAUUCUGAUCGUCGAGAUCUUCGGCUCGGCCAUCGGUCUGUUCGGACUCAUCGUGGGCAUCUACAUGACCUCGAAGGUCAAGAUGGGCGACAAGGAGUAAAUCCCCCCUUCACAAGUACCAAAAUAACCGUAGAGAGAGAGGAUCCAGAACAAAUGUGGGUGAGUUGCUCGAAUCCCGGCGGGAAGAUCUCAAAUUCCAACCCAAAAAAAAACUUGAUUAAUUUCAGCAGAGUAUUAAAUUACCGAAACAGAAAUGAGACAAAAGUGGCUCGUGAAGGGCGGCAGCAGCAAGAAGAGUUAUCUUAAAAAAGUAGUGUUACUCUCAAAGGCCAUUCCAGAAGUACGAUCUAUCUACACUCACAACACACAACCCAAACAACAAACAUCCGGAACCAUCUUCAAAAUACUUAGAAGUUGCUAAAGUUUCGAGCAACGUCAACUUAAUAUAUAUUCUGUCUUUAUUCAAACUCCAACGAGGAUAUUUUUUUUUGCUGAAAAAAGAAGUAAACAAACCCCCCAUCUUGAUGUGUAAAUUGGUAAAUAUUGUUUAUUAUUGUUUUUACUUUCAUAUUUUUGCGUUAGUUUAAUGCACAAACGUGUGUUUAAAUUAAAGAUGGUUUAAAUAUUGUAUAAGCUUAAAGAAACAAACAAAAUAAAAAAACACUUAAACGUUAGUGGAAAUCCCGCGCAUUCAGAUGUAACCGAACGCGAAAUCAUGAAAUAAAUGUUCAAUGAACGUCACACAAC